UUUGUUGUCGCUUCCCUAGUUUAGACGAUUUGUGUAUUUGCUGUAGCGAAGGUUAUGCACCUCGUAUGCACAACCACCUCAAACCUAAAGAGCACGGACACAUAAUCCGUAAACUCUCCCUUCCACCCAUCAGCCGUGAUGCUGAACGUCACUCCAGCCAGGUUUGCUUGAUGUCCUGUCAUGGAUAUCGAUCCAACCAUGCGUGCCCUUGCGAAGACAGAAUUGCGACGCAACUACCUUAGCCCUUCCCCACAAUUUUGCCCAGACUUUUACAUAUUUCGUUUUGGGCGUUUUGAACCGAUCCCGGCAAAUGAAUUUGCUUAACAGUAUGACACGCAAGGAGGUGACACGUAUAAGAAGACUUUGCCCCGCUCAAACUUGGUGGCAGUCCUUUACUUAAAGUAUUCAGUUAUAAAGCAUCUCUAUAAUGUCCCAAUCUCACACCUCAUCCAGUCAAGGCUCCUACCACGAAGAAGAAGAAUUCGGUAAGGUCGAGCACGGCAAUGACGGCACCAGAGCCUACGUUAUUAUCGGCAAACAGAAAUUCUUGAAGGAAGACUUGGCCCAAGCCUUCGGGGGGAACUUUCAAGUUGAACAGUACGCGCCAGCUCCAUCCAGAAAGUUCGGCAACCCCGCCCCUCUUGGGUUAAGCGCUUUCGCCUUGACCACGUUUGUCUUGUCGAUGAUCAAUGCGAGAGCCAUGGGCAUCAGUCACGCCAAUGUCGUGGUUGGUUUGGCCUUAUUCUACGGAGGGUUCAUCCAGCUUUUGGCCGGUAUGUGGGAAAUUGCGGUUGAAAACACCUUUGGUGGGGUUGCACUUUCCUCCUACGGUGGUUUUUGGAUGUCAUGGGCUGCCCUUAACGUUCCUUGGUUCGGUAUUAGCACCGCUUACACUGACAGCAAGGAGCACACCAAUGCUAUUGCUUUCUUCCUCUUGGGCUGGACCAUCUUCACCUUUAUGCUUUGGUUGUGCACUAUGAAGUCCACCUGGGCUUUCUUUGCUUUGUUCUCCUUCUUGUUGGUCACCUUUAUCUUGUUAACUAUUGGUGACUUUACUGGUAAACUUGGGGUUACCAGAGCCGGUGGUGUUUUCGGUGUUAUUACCGCGUUUAUCGCUUGGUACAAUGCGUACGCGGGUAUCGCCAACCCCCAGAAUACCUACGUUCAUGUCAAGGCCGUUGCCAUGCCUUCCUUUGCCUAAUCACUCGCAGGUGCCUUUUUUCGUUCCAAAACCAAGCUAUUCUUAGUAGCCCUUGCUACCCUUACUUUACAACUAGAGCU